UUGGCACAUUGGGAAGAGACAGUCGCAAAUGUGAUUGAUCGUCUUCAAGAAGUUGUGAGGGUCUAUCAUUCGGGCAGAACACUGAUAAGUUGGGUGAAUGGUGAUCACUACCGCCAAUUAGGUUACAGUUUCUAACUAAAAAUCACCAGUAUUUAUCAGGGUACAGCUCUCAAAAACGUCAGGGUACGAGGUAUUUUUGCUGCAGGCGCCGUGUCUACAACACGGCUCGCGGUGUGCUUGUGUGUGUGAUCUCUGUGCCUGUGUGCUUUGUGGAACUUCACAAAACUGCGGAUUCUGAAAUUUCUUCAUUAAGUAGGCCUAGGGAAGCAGGCCGUUUCAGAGACUCGUGUGAAGUGGCAGUUCUUGUCGUUUACGGUCGAUGAAAAAUAUAAAACAGAAGGAAUUGAAUGAGUCAAUGUAGUCUAGACGAAACGUGUGUAGUUGUAUGGCUUGUGCCCACUGCCCUCCGGAUCACAUACGCGUAUCGUCAUUUCACUUGACGCAGCGAGUGCCCGGCCGAGGAAAAAACGUUGGUCAGAAACGUGUGGGAAGCGCAAGCAAAGGAUAGGUGCUCGAACCGUCUUGCGGUGGUUAGUUUUUAUCAGCGAGUGGGUGAAUGGUCGUCCCCUCACCCUGAGAAACCUAUGACAUGCCCUUAGGCCCAUAAAACAAGUCUUGUGUGGCGAGCACUAUGACAUCAUCAUUAUCGUUGUCGGAGUCCGGCCUUCCGAGUCUUAUCUCUUGAGGAGUCGGGUGGCCCCAUUGAAGAGGGGCUGGGCUUCAUGAUUACAUCUUGACGCAACUAUUGUUUUAACGAAGAGAUCAAUUGAUCCACCCUCUCUUCUCAUAUACUGUCCUCGUUUUCCAUCUCUCCUGUCUUUUGUUUCCAACGGCCAACUGGCAGCUUAGGUGCCCCUGCAACAUCUACUGCAUUGAUACUCAGACGAUGGUUUCAUUGCAUCGCUGUUCGUAAAUCCUUAGAAACAUCCUUCAAAACCGCCGUGCCUUUUGAUAUCUCCGUUGGUUUUUCGCCAUUUGCAAUAAAACUAUGCCUCUCCUUACUGACAUUUGAUGGAACUGAUAUCUCCUUAACAGAUGGAUUUUACGUUGAUGUAAGUUAAUGUAUAAGAAAAAAUAAACAAUUGUGUUAGUAUUUAAUGGUUAAUGUGUAGGAAUAUCUUUGAACGAACUUGACAUUUCAGCAACCAGAGUGAUUUCGAUGGAAGACAACUGAUAUAGGAUUUAUAGGCGGUUAUAAUUUUCAUUGCCUUUGAAGGUUAUAUUAUAAGAAAGGAGUUUUAGUGUCUGGGUCAAAGACAACCAGGUAUGUGGUGCCUUGAGUGCUAAUUACUGUGGACGUCUUACCUGGUACAUAUCUACUCCUUCCGCAAUCUUAGUUCCAGUUCUAAGCUCUGUACAAGGAAGUCUCCCGCCUUGAUAAGUCUCUACGGAACACAAUGGAUCAUCUACAUAACGGGCGUAUGGGCGGGCAUCCCGCCCAUGCCCCUGCACCCCAUAUGUCAGCCCAUCAUCCACCGCCUCCUUCCCAUCAUUAUCCUGCCCAUCUACCUGACUUCUUCAGGUUUCAUCAGCCUCCGGCGCCCAUGCUCUACCGCACAGUAGAAAAGAUGUGGGGAGGUGGGGGAGGAGGAGGACUACCUGGAAGUGGAGGAGGACCUUUACCAGGAUCUGUUGGAGGAGGGGGUGGAGGAGGAGGGGGAGGUGGAGGUGGAGGAGGAGGAGGGCCUUUAGGCUUAGGCUCCGAACCUCCACCUCACUCGACACCUGUCAACGACGACAUAGAAAUGAAGAAACCGACGCCAUCCAAUACGCCCCCUCUUCCUCCUGCGUCGGUAGCCGCUGCAUCUCAGGCCGUGGCAGCGAUGGCAGCUGCCGUUUCCUCCGCGGCGGCGGCUAUGUCGUCCUCGUCAGGUUUAACGUCAGCGACCCCGCACACGCCUCCGUCUGCAGCCGCGCCUAUGGACACGACCUCGCACUUACCAGCUAUGCUCUCCCACCUCACUCAAGGGUUGAGUAACAGCUCUAGUCUUCAUAGGGAAUCGCUGGCUGCCGCGCCUCCGCAUCACUCACAGCCGCCCACACACCACCCCCAGCCUCCGCACUCGCCCUCGCCCAUCCACACGCCCAACCAAGAAGUGCAGAAGAUGGAAACGGGCGAGAAUGAGGGCGGCGGCGACAGCCUUGGAGGGUCCGACACACCCCACAACGGCCCUUCUCUUCCUCCUGGUCUCAGCCCUGCCAUGGCGGCUGCUGCCGCAGCUGCGGGUGGUGUGGGCGCUCACUCCCUUCUGCAGCAGACAAUGUGUCAGCUCUUGCGGCCUUCGUCCCCAAGGGGAGACGUGCCCCCUUCCUCUCCCCCUCUCGGACACGCUUCAGAGCGCUCCCUGUAUUGGGGCGCCCACGACCUUCGAUCUGAACCUGAACGUCCAGACACCCAUUCGCCCCCCGCUCUCGAUAAGUCGGGCAGCGACAAGGGCGACAGCAUGUCUGGAUCCUCCUUGGGCCUUCCCAAGUCGCCUCCGCCAUCGAUGGGACAGUUCAACAUGCCCGCUGAACUCUUCCAGGCCUUUCAAAUGAUACCAUCUUUAUGGGGGCAGAUAUUUAUGCACAAGUCUGCCAUGCAGAUGCACAGCCGGGAGGCGCACCGGAGUGAGGUGAAGCCACACCAGUGCCAGCAGUGCCUAAAAUCAUUCUCUUCGAACCACCAGCUGGUCCAACACAUCAGAGUCCACACUGGGGAGAAACCGUACAAGUGUUCCUACUGCGACAGACGCUUCAAACAGCUGUCGCACGUUCAGCAGCACACUAGACUGCAUACUGGUGAAAGGCCCUACAAAUGCCACUUACCGGAUUGUGGCCGCGCUUUUAUCCAACUGUCCAACCUCCAGCAACACCUGAGAAACCACGACGCCCAACUGGAACGCAUGAAGAACCGCCCUUUCCAUUGCAACAUCUGCGGGAAGGGCUUCGCUACCGAGAGCUCCCUGAGGACCCACACAUCCAAGGUAGAGGUCCAAGACGCAGCUGCGCCGGGUGGGGGGUUUAUAAGCAAGAGGAGAGGAGGCUGUUGGGGGCACGCCAGCAACGUCGGAGGACCCAACGCCUUCCACUGCCCGCACUGUCAGAAGUUCUGCCUCACAGGAGAGCAGCUCAUGGAGCACAUGAAGAUUGUCCACAAGGACCCCAACGCCUCUGGUGUAGGAGCGAAGCGUCGUACGGCGUCCCAUUCCUGCCCCGUCUGCGGCAAGCACUACGUGAACGAAGGCAGCCUCAGGAAGCAUUUGGCCUGCCACCCGGAGACCUCCCAGUUUACCUCUUCCCUCAGGAUGUGGCCGUGUUCCGUCUGUCACGCCGUCUUCACUCAUGAGUCAGGACUGUUGAACCACAUGGAGCAUAUGAGGAUGGACCCCAAGCAUCAGUUCGCAGCGCAGUACGUCCUCUCCCGCGCCGCCGCCGAGCGCCGCGAGCGAGAGAGCAUUCUGGGCUUAGCCCAAGUCGGUCUACAGGGUGGCGGCAACCACAUGGGCAUGGGUAUGGGCAUGGGCAUGGGCAUGGGAAUGGGAAUGGGCAUGGGAAUGCCCCACCAGAUGCAACAUCAGGCCCAACACCAAACAUCGCCCAUGGCCAUGGCCGCCUCCCCGUCCACCCAAAGUGACGCAUCAUCGCGGAUGUCCACGCCCGCUGAAAAGUUAGAGGGCGGCCUAGGACGCAUGCCUUCCCCAUCCGACACAUUGCGUUCCAUCUCCAGUUACCACGAUGCCAUGAAUCAUAUGCGUCCAUAUCCAUCAGACAACAUGCGUGCUAUGAUCAGUCAGAGCCAGGCAGAGCUUGUCAAGUCCACACUCAACUCACAGGCCGAGACCAUUCGGAACGUCAUGGCCUCUCAAGCAGAGGCACUCCGCUCUACACUAGCUAACAACCACCAUCUUCAGCCACAGGGGCAGCCACAAAGUCAGCAACAGCAGCAGCAGCAACAACAGCAGCAGCAGCAGCAGCAACAGCAACAACAACAGCAACAACAGCCCAAUGGUCAUCAAGCCCAAGAACCAAUGGGGUCUCCUCAACCCGACAUGCGUGACAUGAGAGACUUGCGUAUGGGAGGUGGCAUGGAAUCUGCUCUGAGGUCACAGUCUGAAGCAUCUCUACGAUUAGGAAACCACGAGGGUCGACCAUCUCCGCAGCAGGAGGGAGAAGUCAGCGAAACAUUACGUUUACAAGAAAUCCGAAUGGAGCAGGCGUUGCGAUUGCAUGGCGACCCCCGUUCCCUGCCUACCUCCCUCCCUGGACCCUUGGGAUUCCCUCUUGCGCCCCCUCAGCACCAACCUCAGCAGCAGAGCGCCUGAACCUACCCAACAACUCCCCCUGCCUGGGAGCCAAACCCCCACCACUCGCCUCUACUAGUCCUCCGGUGAACAUGUCAUGGUCAGGCAGCGUCUGUCCGUCAUGACUGCGCAUCUGUCUGUCACAUCGCCUUGGUUCCACCUUUGUUCUGUUGUGUUGUCGUAUUUUUAGCUGUGAUAAAAUAAAAUAGUUCCUUGCAGGGACUAUCUAUUAAUUUAAUGAUUACUUCUCCAUGUUAGUUCCUUGAGUUGUUGUUGUUACAAAAGGGUGCUGAGCGUGGAGGACUCAUCUAGGUCAAGGGGCUCCAUCCAUAGGCCUACUAGACAGACACCUAUAGAGGUUGGGACCAUCCCAAAGAUCAAAAGCUCAGUCUGCAAGACUCAGCUGGCAACAGAAUACUACCAGAGGGACAGUCCGUUCACCGGCCUGGAACAACUAACAUUCUACUUGGAUUCCCAUGGAAUUUCCCUCUGAGCCCACCUCCUUGGCCGUCAUGUCCCAGGCGAAUUCAAGAUCGCCCGCUCGACAGUUCCUCACAGUUACUUUAAGUGCAAUUUUAGGGACCAGCGGUCUGUGACACUCAAUAUCUACAGGAAAUUUGAGGUGUUGGGCCUUCGUUUUACCACUGAGUGGUCCAACAGCUCUGGGGGCGCAAAGCUGUUAAGGGUCACCAAGCCCCCUCCAGGCUCAGUGGCCCCGCAAUUGAUCCAGUGAGGCAGGCGCUGUUCAAUACCAUAUGUUAAUAUUGCUUCCAUGGCUUGACUUGAUCGCAGUCAUUGUGUACCUGUAAUGAGAAAUCUUAUCUUUGUACAUUUCAGUGCAUAAUGAGCACCAUGUUCUGGUGUAAGUUAAGGUUUGCACAGUGUUGAAAAUUCUAAAGGUCCUAUUACAAGCAUACAAUCAAACAAGAUCCGAGAAAUGAACCUUAUUACUAGUGAUGAGUGACUUGACUGCCUCAUGUGGCAAAAUGAGUGAAUUAAUGAAAAAAGUCUCUAGCAGCAGUACGGUGCCCAAGGCCCUGCUAUGGAGCAGCUCACAUCAGGGCUGCCCUGAAAAGGAAAUAGCUCUCUUGAUAUAUUGCCGUGUGACACCAGUGAAUUUAUUCACCCUUGUCGAGGUACUUGGUAGAGGUAUGAGCCCUACCAAACGACGUACUCGAGACAAGGGAUAGUUAAUACCCUCCACUUCGUAUGAAAAGCUUCUGCUCAGUCCCGCCGUGACUCGCGAGGCACAGACAGAACCGAUGUUCCUGUUGGUCAUCCAUUCACUUCCCCGAAAGGACAGGGGAGACCAGUGAUCCUGUGGGAUGCGGUGGGACGCGACUGAAAAGGAUUCUCGAAGCUCUGCAGGAAAGGAGACAACUGCCAUUCGGGUCAGUCUGACGUCCACUUUCUUCCAUCAGAGAGAAGAAGAAAAAGAAGAAGAAAACUACUCAGCACGAUUCUCCACUUCCCCAGUUGCGCGAAAGCUUCGAGAAGAAAGUUGCAACCCCUGAAGUUUGCUCUGUCAUCCAUGUCCUAUACGAUGCAUCACUUCAAGGAUAUAUUGGGAAAGAUAUUCACGUGGACCGCGUCAUUAGUAGCGUAUAUUGCGCCAAUGUUAUUUGCUCAGUUCCAGAAAAAAGAAAAAGAAAAUGAAGCAAAGCGAAAGCGCGAGAGAGACUGACAGACGGAUAGAAAAGAAGACCCAGUGACGUGAGGAAAUCUUCUGAGCCAAGCGGGUGUCGUGCUGCUAAAAGUGAGAUAACAAAAAAAUAAAUAAAUAAGUAAGAACUAAGGUAUUAUUGUUAAAACAAGUAUAUUUGCCUUAGUACAUGGAGACAGUAAAAGAUACACGUGUGUGAUUAUCAAAUAUGUUUAUACAGUUGCACAUUUAAGUGUCUAAUUUUUGACUAUGAUUCAUCAGCGCAAUAUUGUAAUAAGUGUAAAUUCCCCUCAAGUAGCUUUGAAGGCAAGACUGUAUCAUCAUCAUCAUUAGCACAGAGGUUGCGAAAAGUAGAUUUUAGUCCACCAUAGUUUAGGAUUGAUUAUUAUUAUUAUUAUUAUUAUUAUUAUUAUUAUUAUCAUUAUUAUUAUUAUUAUUAUUAUUAAACCUUUAAUGGUUCUUGGCAUAAUAAGGACGUAGAAAAUAAUAAUAAAAAAAAUAACACACCGCCCUGGAGCGAUGUUAUGUACAGAUUGAAUUGUAAGAUUUUUAUAGCUUCUUCAAUGCAGAUUUUUGUAAUUGAGCCUUCAAAGCUUCCUGACUCUGAAAGAGAUAAAAAAAACCAAUUGUCUGUUGACUGUUCCUGCGAUGAUAGUUUACCGUUAAAACGCUGCUCCUUCUUGCUCCACUACCAAUAGACCUAGAAUCAAUUUAAUGUUUGUACACUAUAAACUACUUCUAUUCCUACCUACUACUAUGACUACCGCUACCUCUCUGACUACCGCUGCUGCUACUACUACUACACUACUACUACUACUACUACUACUUACUUCUCCUACUACGUCGACUAAUGCUGCUACUACUAUUCCAUAGGCCGUAGCAAUAGAUCCGGAACCCCUCCCCCCCCCAAACUUGACUCCUCUAGCAACUUGACUAAGCUUAGCGUAAAUUCUAUAGUUCUAAACCACCCAACCCGAAUUCCUUCCACCAGCUUCCUAACCAACUUUCUUCUUUUAAUUAUGAUAUUCGUGUCUUUUUUUCUUUCGUUACUUAUUUCCCUUUUGGCUCUAAACGAAAAGGUUCUUCCAGCGUCCUUCCAUAGAAGGGUUAUUUCUGGAUAGUUCCUCCUCUUUCCACUGGGAUGCCUUCUCACGUCCUCAUCAUCCUUGGUUUCUAAUUGGUUCUGUAAAAAUUUUACAACAACAACAAAAAACCAAGUUUUUUUUUGUUUUUUUUUUUUUACGUACAGUUUUCCUUCCUGGCCUUUUUCAUCACUUUGUUAUAACAAAGUCAGUUAUAAUGUUCAAAAUUCUCGUCUGUCCUUAUUCGUAAUUAGUGACAAUCGAAACGGUCUGGAAUUGCGCCUCGUGAUUAUUUGAUCGUGUUUGUAUAAUAGAUUAACCUGCUUUAAUGCAGUGUGAACCCUUUUUUUUAUAUUUACGUAACUUAUUUAGAUGGUAUAGUGUAUUCUGUAAGUGAAAUCGUAACUCCCGGUGAUGGAAAUUAUAUUGGAAGUUGUUUUUUUUUCUGUAUCGUCUCUUCAACCAGUAUUCGUGAGUUUUUUUUUUUUUAUUCAACACCUUUUUUUGUCUUCAGGCUCCAAAUUGGAUUUGUAAGAUUACCCCCGUCGAUUCUAAGUUAACCCCCCCCCCACUCCCCCCCCUACCUCAACACAGUGUUACCGCCCAUUUCACAACUAUCUUAGCUAUCGUCUCGUUCCUUUCCCUAAACCCCUUUCUUCCAAUCCCCCUUACCAAUCUUCCCCCUUUGCCUCCUGAAAAAAAAAA